GAAGGAGUAGUUGCGAACGCCCUCUCUCUCUCUCUCUCUCUCUCUUUCUCGCUCUCGCUCUGUUCCGUGUUGCCUCGCGGCGGAGCUCCCAAAGCCGGGGGCAGAGCCCGCGAGAAAGAGACCGAGACGGAGAGACCUCUCCACCACGUUAUUAACCUCGUCGCCAUGCGCUCUGAUUCGCUCCUCUAUUCCCUACCUCCUCCUCCCCUCCUCUUCUGAGAUCUCGAGGCGACCCCUUCCGUCUUCGUUCUCUUUUUACCUUUCUCCGUCGCCGAUUGCGAUGGCUAAUGCUCCUGGGCUCGUUUCUCCGCCUGCCCCGUUCUUCCGGGGAAGAAAUUUGGCGCCUAUUGGCUUUUUCCGGCCUGGCCACUUCUUGGAGGCGAGGAAUGCGAGGAGGGCGCCGCUCAGGUGCUGCGCCGCCCUGGGAGCCGCCACCACCUCUUCCAAUCCUCGUCUUCCAAGAGUUGUUGGAAUGGGUUCGAAGCUUGUUGGAUGUGGAUCAGCUGCACCAAAGCUUCUGAUUUCUAACAAUGACCUUGCACAAAUUGUUGAAACUUCAGAUGAAUGGAUUUCUGUUCGCACAGGGAUUCGCAACCGGCGUGUCCUUACAGGGAAUGAAACAGUCAGUGGGUUGGCUGUAGAAGCAGCAAAGGGGGCUCUUCAAAUGGCUCAAGUGGAACCUGAUGAUAUCGAUCUUGUCAUUAUGUGCACAUCUACUCCAGAUGACCUUUUCGGUUGCGGUGCUCGGGUACAGAGAGACUUAGGGUGCAAAAAUGCUUGGGCCUUUGAUGCUACAGCAGCUUGCAGCGGGUUUGUUGUGGGUCUGAUCACAGCAACUCGUUUUAUUAAAGGUGGUGGGUUUCAGAAUGUCCUAGUAAUUGGCGCAGAUGCUCUCUCACGAUAUGUCGACUGGACAGAUAGAGGCACAUGCAUACUUUUUGGUGAUGCUGCUGGCGCUGUGCUGGUUCAGGCCUGCAGUCAUGAUGAAGAUGGCUUGCUUGGCUUUGACUUGCACAGUGAUGGUCAUGGCCAAAAGCACCUAAAUGCCAUAGCCAAGGAUGAGCAAACUGAGCUCAUCUUGAACAAUAAUGGUGCACCUCUUUUUCCUCCAAAGAGAUCAUCAUAUUCUUGCAUCCAAAUGAACGGCAAGGAGGUUUUCCGCUUCGCAGUGCGGUGUGUGCCACAAUCUAUUGAAGCUGCACUGGACAAAGCUGGCCUCACAAGUUCCAGCAUUGACUGGCUGCUGCUUCAUCAGGCAAACCAACGCAUCAUGGAUGCUGUAGCCACCCGGUUGCAGAUGCCCCCGGACAAGAUUAUCUCAAAUUUGGCUGGCUAUGGGAACACGAGCGCUGCAUCAAUCCCUCUGGCAUUGGAUGAGGCUGUUCGAAGUGGAAAGGUGAAGGAUGGCAAUACAAUUGCUGCUGCAGGUUUUGGAGCUGGACUUACGUGGGGAUCUGCAAUAGUGAGGUGGAAAUGAGACUCUCCCCUCGAACUGAGGAGGUUGAAAGGCUUAGCAAGGGAGCAUGUAUCAUUAAGCUAAACCGCAGUUUGGCGUUCCUCCAUAUGACUCUGAGAUCAGGCUGAAAGAGGGGCUACGCUGCUUUCCAGGCCAAGCCCUUGUUAUUAGUCUUCUACUUUUCCAGUUAUUUUUCUUUCAAGUGAACUAUGAGCAGCCAAGUAUUUCAUAUUUUUCCUAGGUCAUCAUGGACGCUGAACCAUCUGUGAAAUGGAAUAGCAACCAAAUGCCUUUGCAGCUGUCAAGCAAUACUGACUGCAACUUUAAUUAGUCUUUCAUACAACGUGAUACAUUGAGUUUUUUUUUAAAAAAAA